AUAAGUUAAACAUUCACAACCCUAACUCCCUACUCGCAAACGCCAAUACGCCUUAGUCCAUAUUACUGCCAUAGUCAAUACUCCGGCACUCCACGCAGCCACGCACUCAUUCUCCUCGCCGCCGACCACCUUAGCCCGAGCCCUGAAGUCUGAACGCCGUAGCCUCACCGCCGUCUACCACUGUUGAAGACUGGCCGGCGACCACAGAGGUAUCGCCCAGCUAUGGAGAACGAUAGAGAGGUGGCGCUUCGCCGGCUGAAAUCAUCAGAACCACCACUCUACCUUUCACCGUCGCCGGAACUUUCGGUGGCCGCACGAUUAGCUUGCAAAUAUCUCUACUCUUCCCUCAAACCCUUCACCCCGAAGUCUCCUUUUGAGCAACUUCUAACCGACGGGUUUGAUGCGGAGCAGAUAUGGCAGCAAAUUGACCUCCAAUCGGAGCCUUUACUUUCAGCUCUCCGGCGCCGAGUCAAUCACUUCGAGAAGAAUCCGGAAAGUAUAUCAGAACAAUUCAAUGUGGAACCAAAUGGGUUGGAGAAAAAGAGUGGGUCACUGGAAGCGUUAGACAGAAAAGGAUAUGAUAUUGACGAUGUCGACUUGAAUGAUUUUGACGAGGAUGAGGAUGAGGAGGGGUGGGAGGAGGAGGAUAAUGAGGAUGAGGAUGAGGAUGAGGAGGAGGAGGAGGAGGAGGAUGAUGGAACUGGCUUGGUUGAAGAUGAGUUCUUAAAGAUAAAGGAAUUGGAAAAAUUUUUGGCUGAUGAUGAGGCAAGGGAGUAUGGUUACGAGAAGGAUGAGAAAGCCAAGAAAAAGAAGAAGAGGAAGAGAGUUGAACAAUCAGAGUCUGAGGAGGAAAAUGCAGAAGAAGAGGAUGAAGCGCUUGAAGAUGUGGACCUUGAGGAUGAUACCUUUGAUGCAAAUGGGGACAUAGAGAAUGCCAGGUAUGAGGAUUUCUUUGCUAGAAAGACGGAUCACAAGGGAAAACGUAAACCACUUGAUAGAUCUGAUCACAUGGAAAUGGAUGAAGAAGUAUCUGAUGACGAUAACCAGGGGAACCAAAAUCUUUCUACCCAUGAGCAAGAGCUUUUAAAACUUCGCUCUACAAUAGAGGAAAUGGAGAAGGCAAACAUAGAACCAAAAGCCUGGACUAUGCAAGGAGAGGUAACUGCUGCUAAAAGGCCAAAAAAUAGUGCAUUAGAGGUUGAUCUAGAUUUUGAGCACAACGUGAGACCUGCCCCUGUAAUUACAGAAGAGGUUACUUUGUCUCUAGAAGAAUUAAUUCGAAAACGGGUCCUUGAGGAACAAUUUGAUGAUGUUCAGAAGCCUCCUAGUUUGCCAUCAAGAGCACCGAGAGAGAGAAAAGAAGUGGAUGAUAAUAAGAGCAAAAAGGGCCUUGCUGAAGUUUAUGAGGAGGAAUAUGUCCAGAAGACUGGCCUUGUUUCAACAGCAAUGACUUUUUCUGAUGAGCAAAAGAAAGAGGCAACUAUGCUGUUUAAGAAACUCUGCCUGAAGUUGGAUGCAUUAUCUCAUUUCCAUUUCACACCAAAACCGGUCAUAGAAGAUAUGUCUAUUCAAGCAAGUGUCCCUGCCCUUGCAAUGGAAGAGAUUGCACCAGUGGCUACUUCUGAUGCUGCUAUGCUGGCUCCUGAGGAAGUUUUUACUGGCAAAGGAGAUAUUAAAGAAGAAACAGAGCUGACACAAGACGAGAGGAAGAGGAGGAGAGCGAAAAAGAAAAGGAAAUUCAAAGCCGAGGCAUCGAACAGGAAGGCACCUCAAAAUACCUCGAAAACAGAUUCCGAGACAGGCAAGGAAGUGAAGGAACAAUCAUGACUGUACUAGGGUUGUAUUCUAAGUUUGCUGCUCCUUGAGAACAAUAUGCAAGUUCAAGCGAGAAUUGGGCAACGCGAAGGAAGGUAUAGGAUUAUGAGGCAUUAUAAAAAUAUAGUUUUUGUUUCCCGUACACAAGGUUAUGGAGUAUUGAUUUAUUGCUAUUAGUUAAUUACGGUGUAUUUCUAUUCUUUGAAAAUAUGGUUUUUGACUGAUGUUUAAAAAACAUUUUACUAAAAUUUUCCUGGAAAGGAAAUCCACAACUUA